AUGGCCCGGAAGAAGUCCGGCAACAAGAAGAAAUCAGGUGGCAAUGGUAAACCACGUCCUUCUGGGGCUGGAGGUCCGAGUAAUUCUACGCCGUCCGCCACGCCGGCUACACUUGCUUUUACCAUCGCUGCGCCGGCCGCAUUCUGGAACGCGGUGUCUGAACAGGAUGUUCCAGCAGACUUGGAUGUGGACUUUGAGGCAAACCCAGCACCAGCUUUGGCGACGGGAGUGAUUGAGUCAAAUGCCGUACUCGAACUGAUGCAAUGGUUUGCCAAGGGCGUGGCGGCGUCGAAUUCUUCCGCCGCCAAGAUAGAGUUUGCGGCCUCUCUUUCGAAAGAUGAACGGGCUGCCGUACACACCACCAUCACCUCGUCGGCGGAACUGUCCUCCGUGCUGGAGAGUGUGAGCGAGGGGGUGGGGGACCAGCGCCGGCUGACGGUGCUCAAGAAGGGUUGUGCGCCCUCUCGACCUUCUAUUGGCCCUGAGCUUUUGGAACUGGCUGCCACGCUCUACAAAUGGGCACGGGAUUCCGGUGAGGCGGCUUUCACUUGCUACAACUUGAGCACAUCUUUUUCUCGAGUAAUCAUUUUCUGCGCCGUAUAUUGGAUACGAAUGGACGCCGAGCAGUCUGACGUGGUGGAGAUGUCUAGAUUGGUCGAGGCGGAUGACGCGGCUGGGGUUUCGGAGCUUUUGAAGGCCAAGCCAGGCCUGUGUGGGGCUGUGAACAGUCGUACGGGGCAGCCGCCUCUGCACACGGCGGCCAGGCUGGGGAAGGUGGCGGCGUUGCGGGCGCUGGCGGCGGCUGGAGCAAAGCUGGAAGACAAGGACGCGCACGGCCGUACGGCGCUUGCGAUUUCAAGGACUUUCGAGCAGUGCGACGUGGAGGCUGUUUUGCUGCAGCUGGGAGCUCACGACCCGGAGGCAGGUCGCUUCCCACUGAACAAGGCGGCGGCGGACCUGGCGGCGGCGAAGGCACCGGUGGCGGCGGCGGCAGUCGUGCCACAUGUGGUGCCACCGGCAGCGGGUUUCGGAGCUGACGCGGUGCCAGCGCAGGUGCAGGCAGAGGCCAUUGACUCAGUGCCGGUGCCUACUGCAUCCCUACCUGCCGCGCCGGAGGUUGCGAUCGGACCUGCGGCGGAGGCGGAGGAGCCGCAACCCGGGCCCGAGGCGGCGGAGGCGGAGGCGGCGGAGGCGGCAGAGCCAGUUUCGGGACCUGCCGUGGUAACGGCGGAGGCAGAGUCAAAGCCUGGGUCGGCGGCGACGACGGCCGUGAAUCAGCAGCAUGCAUCGGCGGCAACGCCGGUGCCGGCAGCGCAUUCAGAUCCAGCACCGUCAGCGGCGGAAGCCGAGCAGGCUCCGACGGGGACGAUGGAAUCUGAAUCCGAGGCUAUGUCUACGGCAGCAGCGGCGACGCCAGAGCCCGAGCCUGUGCCGGCGGCAGCGGCGACGCCAGAGCCCGAGCCUGUGCCGGCGGCAGCGGCGACGCCAGAGCCCGAAUCUGUACCGGCGGCAGCGACGAAAUCAGAGCCCGAGCCUGUGGCUGCGGCGACGCCCGAGCCCGAGCCCGUAUCUACGGCAGCGGCGACGCAAGAUCCCGAGCCUGUGCCGGCGGCAGCGGCGACGCCAGAACCCGAGCCUGUGCCAGCGGCGACACCAGAGCCCGAGCCUGUGCCGGCGGCAGCGGCGACGCCAGAGCCCGAGCCUGUGCCGCCGGCAGCGGCGACGCCAGAGCCCGAGCCCGUAUCUACGGCAGCGGCGACGCCAGAGCCCGAGCCUGUGCCAGCGGCAGCGGCGGCGCGGGAGCCCGAGCCUGUGCCAGCGGCAGCGGCGACGCCAGAGCCCGAGCCUUUGCCGGCGUCAGCGGCGACGCCAGAGCCCGAGCCUGUAAAGACGGUAGCGGCGACGCCAGAUCCCGAGCCUGUGCCGGCGGCAGCGGCGACGCCGGAGCCCGAGCCUGUGCCGGCGGCAGCGGCGACGCCAGAGCCCGAGCCUGUGCCGGCGGCAGCGGCAACUUCAGAGCCCGAGCCUGUAAAGACGGUAGCGGCGACGCCAGAUCCGCCUGUGCCGGCGGCAGCGGCGACGCCGGAGCCCGAGCCUUUGCCGGCGGCAGCGGCAGCGGCGACGCCAGAGCCUGUGCCUGUGCCAGCGGCAAAUUCAGAGCCCGAGCCUGUGCCGGCGGCAGCGGCAGCGGCGACGCCAGAGCCCGAGCCUGUGCCGGCGGCAGCAGCGACGCCAGGGCCCGAGCCUGUGCCGGCGGCUGCGACAGCGGCGACGCCAGAGCCCGAGCCUGUGCCAGCGGCAGCGGCAACGGCGACGCCCGAGCCCGAGCCUGUACCGGCGGCAGCGGCAGCGGCGACGCCAGUGCCCGAGCCUGUGCCGGCGGCAGCGGCGACGCCAGUGCCCGAGCCUGUGCCGGCGGCUGCGGCAGCGGCGACGCCAGAGCCCGAGCCUGUGCCAGCGGCAGCGGCAACGGCGACGCCCGAGCCCGAGCCUGUGCCGGCAAAAGCGGAGACGCCCGAGCCCGAGCCUGUGCCAGCGGCAGCGGCCACGCCCGAGCCCGAGCCUGUACAGACGGUAGCGGCGACGCCAGUGCCCGAGCCUGUGCCGGCGGCAGCGGCGACGCCAGUGCCCGAGCCUGUGCCCGAGCCUGUGCCGGCAGCAGCGGCCACGCCCGAGCCCGAGCCUGUGCCGGCGGCAGCAGCGACGCCAGUGCUCGAGCCUGUGCCCGAGCCUGUGCCGGCAAAAGCGGAGACGCCCGAGCCCGAGCCUGUGCCAGCGGCAGCGGCCACGCCCGAGCCCGAGCCUGUACAGACGGUAGCGGCGACGCCCGAGCCCGAGCCUGUGCCAGCGGCAGCGGCGACGACAGUGCCCGAGCCCGAGCCUGUGCCCGAGCCUGUGCCGGCAGCAGCGACGACGCCCGAGCCUGAGCCCGAGCCUGUGCCGGCGGCAGCGGCGGCGCCGGAGCCCGAGCCUGUGCCGGCGGCAGCGGCGAAAUCAGAGCCCGAGCCUGUGGCUGCGGCGACGCCAGAGCCCGAGCCCGUAUCUACGGCAGCGGCCACGCCCGAACCCGAGCCUGUGCCGGCGGCUGCGGCGACGCCAGAGCAAAAGCCAGUGGUGGAGGCGACGUUAGAGGCAGAGCCUGCUCCCGGAGCCGCGGUGCCGUCGGAGACGGAGCCUGCGAUGCCGGUAGCAGCCGUGGUGGCAGAGCCAAGGCCUGCAGUGCCGGGCCCUGCUGUUUCCGUGGCGGCGGAUUCCGCGCCUGUGGGAGCAGGGUUGGCACGGGGCCUUGCAACGGCGGUAACGGAAAAGGUUGAGCCUUCGCCAGCGGCGGCGGCAGAGAAGCCAGUGGGGGCCAUGCAGACUUCAGUGGCGGCGGCAGUGGAGGAAUCUGACCCGUCAGCUAAGGUGCCGGAGCCACGUUCUUUGCCGCAUUUAGAUUUCAAGCGCCCUGCUCAAGUUGCAGGUCUAUUGUUACCAGUGGCGAAGGUCCCCAAGGCGAAUGAGGACGCGCCGGCGGCGGCGGCAUUCCAGUCAGUGGCGGCAACAGCGCCGUGCCCGUCGGACGGGGCAGUAGCGGCAACAGCCGUCAAGGCCGCUCCAGCUGCCGCGACCGCCACCAAGGCGCCCGCCGCUGCCGCCGUCAAGGGCUCUAAGGACGAGGACGCGCCGUCGGCGCCCGCCACGCCGGCAGUGGCGGCCGGUGCGCCGGUCGCGGCCACACCGGCUGUCGUCGCCAUCCGCCGUCGCAGCUUUCGGAGCGUUCAGACGGCGAGUGAGCUGAAGAAGGUCAAUCCAGCUGCAAAUGUCGCACUGAACUUCUUCGCCCAGAUCCAAAAGGUGGUUUCGGAGGGUACGGCGUGGGCGUCCCGUCACACCCGUUUUGUGGCGUACAUUGGAGGGCAUGCAUGCGUGCGCGCGUGCACAUCAUGAGUUGACACCACCCUGACUACGUUAUCCAGCUCGGUAAAUAUCGAACAUACGCGCGCCGCUCAUGUGUAUUUCUUGGGCGGACAAGUAGCUAUAUACCAUAAUCCGAGCAUAAUAGCACAUCCGAGUGAUUGAGAUUUUGGCGGCGAUCUUGAACCGCCAUCUCGAGCAUGUUAAGCCGUAGGAUUUGAAUUUUCUUCUUUUUUGUAAAGCUGUAUUUCUUUUCCAGCAGCUUCAUGUGGUCAUUAGGGUUAUAUAGGUUUUAGCAGCGCGUUUUGUAGACUUUCCACAGAUACAAUACGCUGAUUGCUUUUUUCAAAAUGCACGGAUGCCUUGGUUGAUAUGCAGGCCUGUCAAUACAAUCUGGUAUGUUGUCGCGCAUCUGAUGGCGACCCCGGACCCUGAUGCACAACUGUAUGUGCCGAUGCGAUAAUGCAUGUUUGCAUGUUGGCAGGUGUCGUAAGGUAGGGUACGGUGUAUAUUUAGGAUAGGUUCCGUUAGUGGUUGAUUAAAGAACGAAAAGCGGAGCAGUUGGAGAA